AUGUGGAAAUAUUUCACACAAUUCAAUACACGUAAGUAUAUUGAUGUUUUAGACGACUUAGUGCAUAGUUACAAUCAUUCUGUACAUAGAAGUAUUAAAAUGAAACCAGUAUCUGUAACGAAAGAAAAUGAAAAGUUAGUAUGCAAAAAUUUAUAUGGACGUAUUGAAAAUCCUAAGUCACCUCGUCUUAAGGUGGGGGAUAUUGUAAGAAUAAGCAAACAGAAAAUGAAAUUCGAAAAAGGUUAUGAGCAAAACUGGUCUCGAGAAUUAUUUAGCAUUUAUGAAGUAUUAGAACGCGAGAUUCCUGUUUAUAAGUUAAAAGAUUUAUCGAAUGAAAUCAUUAAAGGUUCAUUUUAUGAGCAGGAAUUACAGAAAGUGAAUGAUAGCGGGUAUUACCUUGUUGAAAAUGUUUUGAAGAAACGGAAGGUAGGGGGGAAAACAGAAUAUUUUGUAAAAUUUGAAGGGUAUCCUAAAAAAUUUAACGCUUGGGUCUCUGAUGUGAAAAUGGUAUAA